AUGUCAAUUUCCAGUCGAAUCUGGAACGUGGCCGACUUUGCGCUUAAUCUUGCUCUUUGCAUAAUCUUCAUUAUUAACUCUACGUAUGUGGACAGGAACAAAACCCCGGCCAGAAUCCCAGAGUCCAACAGGCUUAUUGAGCUUGUGCUUGCCCUCGUUUUCCUGGGCCAAUACAGUGCAAACCUUGUGCACUCCGGACUUAACUGGUUCAGUCAGUUCAAAAAAUCUCAAUCUCCUAGCUUUACGUUCCUCGAUGCCAUCUACUUUAUUGUCAUUCGCAAGCUAGAAGACAUCGAUUCGUUGAAUCCAGGCGGUUCUAUCCCGCUCAACGUCUUUUCGAUUAUACUUUCCAUUUUUAUCAUCGCCCUGAUUGCUUUUCUCUUGCCGUCGCGAGCAACCAAACUGGCUAAUUUGGCACUCAAGACAUCAUCAUACGACAGGUCUAUAGCGCUUCCAAAGUAUUCGCGACACACUGUGGUAUGCGGGCAUAUUGAGCUCGAGCCUGUUCGAAAAUUUCUGCAAGAAUAUAUCAUCGGAUCAGAUUCCAUUACCUUCGCCUCGACAAUUGCCAUUUUGCACAGCGACGAGCCGUCCAUGGAGAUGAAGGCGAUGCUGCAGGAGCCAGAAUUUGUUAACCAUGUGUUCUAUGUCAAAGGCCACGCUACUGACUUCAGUGCACUCAAAAAGGCACGAGUUGAUGUGGCCAAGUGCGUCUACAUUUUGGCGGACAAGCACAGCCCUGGAUCUGGCGUUGAAGAAGACGUCGGUACUAGAAUGACUAUGAUGGCUGUGAGCGUUUUUGGAGUAUCCAGCAAUCAAGCGCAUCAGACAGAUAAGCGGCGGAAAAACUUGUCGCCCAAGAUUAAGGUGUUUGCACAGACCCUUUUACCAGGCAGCAUAUCUCAUUUAGCGUACCCGCAGACUACCCGUGUAAUGUGCGUCGACGAGAUGCGCAUGGGGAUAAUGGCGCAAAACUGUGCUACGCCCGGGUUUGCCGCUCUGGCAUAUAUGCUGUCAACGUCAGUGUCCAAGCAUGCGGAUUGGGACCUUUCGGGGGCCUUGGAAGAAAACAUUGCCAAAUCAGCAGGCGUCGGCUCCUCCCAAUUGCACUCUCUACCCAGCCACACAGGGCAUAACAUAUCUUCUGAUUCCAAGCCCAGAUACUACCAGACUUUGUUAGCACCGAGAAACUACAAGUUGCAAGAGAACGACAUUCUUUUUUAUAUAUCGACCGAAGACGAUUAUAUGUUCUACGAUAUGGACUAUGAUGAUCGCAAGGCUCUCAGAACCAAAAUUGUGCCGAGAGCCAUGCAGUACACCGACGCGGAUGGGUUAAGCUUUGGAGCCAAUCCACUGUCAUCCAUGCCAAACCCAUGUAGUUUUUCAGAACGCAGUACCGGCGGUACUUCUGUCCACAGCAGCCCGUUUCCGCAAGCCGAGUUUACUGACAACACCUCUGCUACAACGCAAUCGCACCAGUUUGAGUUUGGAGGGCGACAAAUUAACUUGGUACCGCAGGACAUACACGGCCACAUUGUCAUUUGUGAUACCAGCAACUCAUUUCCGCGCAACAUUGAGCUACUGGUGCAAGCGCUGAAAAGUGAUUUUGCAAACAAAAGUCUCGGCAUCGUCAUACUAUCGCCAGGCGAACCAGACAAUCAGUGCAAGCUCGCAAUUCAAAAAUUCACGCACGUCUACCAUGUGCAUGGCACACCUCUAGCACUGGAAGACUUGAAGCGAGCACAUAUCGAGAGUGCGCUAAAAGCCAUUGUGCUGGGCACAUGCAAUAAACGCACAUAUAUGGGUAUUGGCGGCACUACCAGCACUGACACAGCAGCCAUCCUGGCACACAGGCGAUCUAAAUUACGUACGGUGGAUUUUCUGCGGCACCUGACGUUAAGCCAUUUGACCGACACUCCCGAGGCCAAUGCUAUAAAACCGUUCAAUCCCGGUCAGCUUAACCUACUGGUCAUGCCAGACCACUAUAUUGGGCAGAGCUACAGCACUAUGGUUCGCUAUAUGAUGGAGUAUUACGCCGUUGUGCCAUUGGCCAUCUUGCGGGUUUCCCCUACUAAUGGCCAGCCAUUGUACAGUGUUAUAUGUAAUCCGCGCCCCUCCACAAUAAUGGAUGAAGCAGAUGCUGUCUACAUGCUUGGCCCGCCGAUUCCCGGGUGGAACGAGCUUUCAAUGGGUCCGCGCAAAACAGGCACUGCACCGCAGCCGCUGCAUACGGUUGACUCGAGCUCGGCCACAGCAUUCGUUACGGUCAAUGAGAGUGGUUAG